GAGGAUUUGAACGGGGUCAUCCGCAAGUGGCAGGGCGAGAUCCUGGGAUUCCACUGCACGGGCAGCUACGAGGACAUCGCGCGCAAGAACGUGAACUUCUGGGCGAGCGUGAAUGAGCGGACGGCGAGGUUGUCCGCGAAGGACCUCCAGAAGGGUCUGAAGGAGGUGCCGGGGAGGAGCGGCAACAAGGAGUUGCAGCGCCCCCCUCCCGCGGUGCAGACGGUGAUCCACGCCGGGGGGGUGGAGGCCGUGGGUGGCGGACAGCACUCGCCCGCCUCGACGCCGCCGAGCUCAGCAAAGCUUCGCGGCAGCCCAGGGGCGGCGUCGGCCGCCUCGGGCGGCGCCGCGUCCAGCGUAGCGGACCAGGGCGCGGCGAUCCUGGCCCUAUACGGCGCGAGGGGCCCCCCGCGGAAGCGCAAGGGCGACGAGGGGGCGCGCGUCGUCCAGUCGCAGGAGACCGUGGCCAGCAGCCCGCCGAGCACGAGGAAGGCGCAAAAGGGGGCGAGCUACCAGGCCGAGAAUGCGGCGACCUUCAAGGAGGACGAAGACUGGGUGGACUACAACACGAUGGAACUCGCGAGGGCUCGGCACUGCCCCGAGGCGUGGCUCGGGCUCAAGGAAGAGCGGUUCCGUCUUCGCCAGGGCCCCAAGGGGUUCGCCGUGAUCACCGUCGACGGUGAGGCGGUCGAGAUGCUCGUGGCGAACGCCGCCCUGCAGGCCGCGGAGCAUGGGGGCGGAGGGGAGGCAGCCAAGCCGCAGCAGGCUCACCCGAAGGGCGGGGCGAAGAAGCGGCCAGCGGCAGCGCGGAAGAGGCCGGCGGCAGCGGACGAGGAGGAGGACGAAGAGGAGGACGAGGACGAGGCCAAGGGGGUCCGCGCCCGCGACGACAGCGAGGACGGCGAAAUGGAGAGCAGCCAGGAGACGGACGAGUCCGACCUGGAGGGCGCGGAGGGCGGCUCGAGCAAGCGGAGGCCGGCUGCGGCCGACAGGAAGCCUGCCGCGGCCGACGAGAAGCCUGCCGCGGCCGACAGGAGCCCGAGCUUGGAGGUGGAGGAGGACUCUGUGAAGGGGAAAGCCUGGGUUGUCAUGUGGUACAAGGCAGGCGAGAAGAAGAAGGCGGCCGUGGCGAUCCGCCAGGUGCACAAACCGCGCAGCCAGGUGUGCCAGUGGACAGCGGGUGACUACUCCGAGGAGCAGAUGCGGGAGGUGGCAGCGGACAUGGUCAGCAGGCUGUGCAUGCGGGAGAUCACGGAAGCGACUGUGAAAGCGCGAGGCGAGGAGUUUCUGCGCGACAUGUUCUGA